AUGGCCACGAACGGCACGUCCAAGUUGGACUGGACAAAAUACUACAAUAUCAUCGACGGGAAGCUCGAGUCGACGACAAAGACGAGGAACAGCCUGAACCCCUCCACCCUCGAAGCCAAUCCCGAGGUCCCAUAUUCAACGCCCGAAGACGUCGACAGAGCCGUGCAGGCCGCGAAGAAGGCUCAGGAUGGCUGGGCAGAGACACCCUACGAGGAGCGCCAAAAGGCCCUCUUCAGGCUCGGUGAAGCUUUCGAGGCGCAUGCCGAGGAGUUUGCUCUGAUGCUCACCAAGGAGCAGGGCAAGCCUCUUCCUUUCGCACUCUAUGAGAUUAGCGAGGCCAUCAAGCACUUCAAGGGAAUGAUCAACUUGCCAUACCCUCAGGAGGUCGUCGAUAACAACCCUGACCGCCGCGUUCUCACGAGAUAUGUCCCCUUGGGCGUUGCUGUCGGCAUCGUUCCCUGGAACUUCCCCCUCCUCCUCGCUUGCGGCAAGAUCGCUCCCGCCCUAGUCACCGGAAACGCCUUCAUCCUGAAGCCUUCCCCAUUCACACCGUACUGCGGUCUCAAGCUCGUCGAGCUGGCGCAGCAGUUCUUCCCGCCGGGCGUCUUCCAGGUCCUCAGCGGCGACGACCACCUCGGCCCCUGGUUGACCUCUCACCCGGGUGUCGACAAGGUCAGCUUCACUGGCUCGACGGCGACCGGCAAGCGCGUGAUGGAGAGCUGCAGUAAGACUCUGAAGCGCGUCACUCUAGAGCUUGGUGGAAACGACGCUGCUAUUGUUCUUCCCGAUGUCGACGUCAAGGCCGUCGCGCCCAAGAUUGCUAUGCUGGCCCUGUACAACUCCGGACAGGUCUGCAUCGCCAUCAAGCGCAUCUACAUCCACGAGUCCAUCUACGACGAGCUCGUCGCAGAGAUGGCCACCGUCAUCAAGAACCUGCCUGUGGGCGACGGACAACAAGAGGGCACGAUGCUCGGCCCGGUCCAAAACCAGAUGCAAUUCGAGCGCGUCAAGGAACUCCUCAAGGACAUUGAGGAGACGCAGCUCAAGAUUGCCGCGGGAUCUACAGCACCGGCGUCCCACGGCAAGGGCUACUUCAUCACGCCCACAAUGGUCGACAACCCGCCCGAAAACUCGAGGAUUGUCGUCGAGGAGCCUUUCGGUCCCGUCUUCCCCGUCCUCAAGUGGAGCGAGGAGAAGGAGGUUAUUCACCGCGCCAACGACACUCUCAUGGGUCUCGGCGCGUCAGUCUGGUCAAAGGACCUCGAAAAAGCGCAGAGGAUCGCCGAGAAGCUCAAGGCGGGCAACGUCUGGAUCAACACGCACCUGGAGCUGCAGUACGACGCGCCGUUUGGCGGUCACAAGCAGAGCGGUAUUGGAUACGAGUACGGCGCCGGCGGCCUGAAGGCGUACUGCAACGUGCAGUCCAUGUUUAUUGCAAAGGCAUGA